ACUAGGGCCCUACAGUUCUACUGUCCCGGCCGGGGGCCAUUUCACAUGAACCGUAUUUGAGCUCCCCGUGCCUUCGAAUGUGGUCCUGGAUUACCUUUUGUAAGGUAAUCUUACAAAAUUUUUGCUUUCUAGAAAAAAAAAAAAAGGAUUUCGGCCGUUGGAGUCCGGCUUAGCGCCCCAUCGCCCCACAACCUGGCCAUCCCGCUUCAUUGUGAGCAGUGGGUGCAAUUUGAUGGAACAGGAACGACCCAGGGAGUCUAAGUCAUCCAGAUUAAAGAGAAUGAAUCUUGUCAUUUUCCACUUUGACGCAUAAGUUUCCCUGACGUGUCCUUGGAGUCACAGAAGAAUUUCACAUAUUUUAUCAUCUGACUAUAAAGAUGGACAUUACUAGCUUGUCCUGUGAAAGUCUGCCUUCUGGUGACCAAAACUGUGAUCAAGGAGAAGAAACAGAGGGAGAAAGCACGCUGGUUGGUUGCCUGAAAAACUGUAGUAAGGAUGAGGCUGUGGAUUUCACUCAAGAGGAGUGGACUACAAAGGAUCCAACUCAGAGCAGCAGACCUAGUGAUGGGGCAGUGGAGGACUACACAAACCUGGCCACUGUGGAAUUGGAAAAGCAACUACAAACUAAAGAUGUAGCACCAGAGCAGGAUUGUUUGACAAGACAUACCUUCAUGGAGACACAGCAGGUGGAUGCAGUAACCUUUGAAGAUGUGGCUGUGGACUUUACCCAGGAAGAAUGGACUUCACUGGAUCCAAUUCAGAGAACCCUCUACAGAGAUGUGAUGCUGGAGAACUACCAGAACCUGGCCACAGUAGGAGGUCAGAUGUUUAAACCCAGCCUGAUCUCUUGGUUGGAGCAGAAAGUCGAGCUGACAGUAAUGGAACAAGGAAUUCUCCAAGAAUGGGAAAUGCACCUUAAGACAAAAAGGACAGCACUUCAGCAGGAUAGAUUUUGGUCAGAUAUGUCUAAUGGGAUGCAACUGGGAAGAGAGCACAGUAGCGGGGAGCUUGGUGACUCUGUUCAAGUUGGAACAGUUUUUAGUGAAGAUUCAUGCCCUCAGACUCACAUUAGUACUUCAAAUACAGAGAACACUUCAGCGUGUAAUUUAUAUGGAAAAGACUUUCUGCCACCCCUUAAAGAAACUUCUACCGAAGAGAACAUUUUCCACUUGAACCAGUGUGUAAAACCUUUGACUUUGACUCCAGAUGUUUCCCAGAGAAAGUGCAGUCUGGAAAAAUCUGUUGAAUGCAGUGACUGUGGGGAAACUUUUGUUAAUCAGUUAGAACUUCAGGCACACAGUUCUUCUCACAGUGGAAAGAAUCUUCACCAAUCAGAGGAGUGUGGACAAGCUUUUACUCAUCCUGUAAGCCAUGAUGGGCAUGUGAUUCCCACUGAAAAAAAAUAUUAUGAAUGUAAGAAAUGUGAAAAAUUUUUUACACAUCCUGUGUACCUUAAUAUCCAUAUGCAAAGCCACACUGUGGAGAAACCCUAUGACUGUAAGGAAUGUGGGAAAGCCUUCACUGAGCGCUCAAGCUUAAUUGUACAUCUACGACAACACACUCGAGAGAAGUCUUAUGAGUGUAAGGAAUGUGGGAAAACCUUUAUUCAACCCUCACGCCUUACAGAGCAUAUGAGAAGUCAUACGGGAGAGAAACCGUAUCAGUGUGACCAGUGUGGGAAUGCCUUUGCGUCUUCCUCUUACCUUACUACACACUUGAGAACUCAUACUGGAGAGAAGCCCUUUGAGUGUAACAUAUGUGGGAAGGCAUUUACACGGUCCUCUUAUCUGCUAGGUCAUAUACGAACUCAUACAGGUGAAAAGCCCUAUGAAUGUAAAGUAUGUGGGAAAGCGUUCAGUGGCCGUUCUUGGCUUACGAUACACUUACGAAAACAUACUGGAGAGAGGCCCUAUCCAUGUACAGAAUGUGAGAAAGCCUUCACCAGCUUUGCUCAAUUAACUGAGCAUAUAAAAACACACACUGGUGAGAAGCCCUUCCGGUGCAAGGUAUGUGCAAGGACCUUUAGAAAUUCCUCAUGCCUUAAGACUCACUUUCGAAUUCACACUGGAAUAAAACCAUACAAAUGCAAUUACUGUGGGAAAGACUUCACUGCACGUUCAGGCCUUACUAAGCAUGUACUAAUUCACAAUGGUGAGAAGCCCUAUGAGUGUAAGGAAUGUGGGAAAGCCUUCAGUACAUCUUCGGGCCUUGUUGAACAUAUAAGAAUUCACACAGGAGAGAAGCCCUUUGAAUGUUAUCAGUGUGGGAAAGCCUUGGCUCACUCCUCGUCUCUUGUUGGACAUUUAAGAACUCACACUGGAGAGAAGCCCUUUGAGUGUAACCAGUGUGAUAAAACAUUUACGAGAUCUUCUUAUCUUCGUAUUCAUAUGAGAACUCACACCGGAGAGAAACCAUAUGAAUGUAAAGAGUGUGGGAAGACUUUCCCUGAGCGCUCAUGCCUUACUAAACACAUAAGAACACAUACUGGUGAGAGGCCCUAUGAAUGUAAGGAAUGUGGCAAAGGCUUUAUUAGCUUUGCUCAACUUACUGUCCACAUAAAAACUCACAGUUCUGAGAGACCGUUUCAAUGUAAGGUAUGCACAAAAUCCUUUAGAAACUCUUCAUCCCUUGAGACCCACUUCCGAAUUCACACUGGAGUAAAACCCUAUAAAUGUAGUUAUUGUGGGAAAGACUUCACUGCUCGUUCAGGCCUUACUAUACAUUUACGAAAUCACACUGGGGAGAAGUCCUAUGCAUGCCAAGAAUGUGGAAAAGCCUUUAGCACUUCCUCAGGCCUUAUUGCACAUAUAAGAAGUCACAAAGGAGAGAAACCCUUUGAAUGUGACCACUGCGGGAAAGCCUUUGCUUCUUCCUCUUAUCUUAAUGUGCAUUUGAAAAUUCACACUGGAGAAAAACCCUUUCAGUGUACAGUAUGUGGGAAAACAUUUACGUGUUCUUCUUACCUUCCUGUUCACAUGCGAACUCACACUGGAGAGAAGCCUUUUCAGUGUAUAAUAUGUGGAAAGUCAUUUUUGUGGUCCUCGUACCUUCGAGUUCACAUGCGAAUUCACACUGGAGAGAAACCUUAUGUAUGUCAGUACUGUGGAAAAGCCUUUACAGAGCACUCAGGCCUUAAUAAACAUUUACGGAAACACACAGGAGAGAAACCAUAUGAAUAUAAGGAAUGUGGGGAAGCCUUCACUACUUCUGCUGAUGCUAAUGAACAAGAAGCACCCCAUUGGGGGGAGAACCUUUGAAUGUAAGGGAUUCAGAAAAUUGUUUGAUAGCCUUUAACCAUUUGCAAUCAAAGUUCAUAGUCUAUACAAGUCUUAUUGAUAAGCAAUGUAUAAAAACAUUCAGUUAUGUGCUGUAAAAACAACUCAUUCUGAGGAUGCUCUGAGUUUAAGGAUUGUGGGAAAAAUCAAAAUUUCAUAAUAUAUGUAUUAACUGAAGGCUUGCAAUAUAGGGAAUGAAAACCUUUAGUGUUUCCAUGUGUGUUGAUGCAAGACAUGAAGAAAUGUCAUAGAUUUUGUUUCUUCGUUCACUUAUGGUCUCAUAGUUGAGAAAUACCUUACUGAAGUUUGGGAAGUAACUUUUUAUAUUUGACUUUAUGUGGUGUUUACAGACUGAACACAAGCUACAUGUGCGUAAUAGGGGAUUUGCUUCAGUGUCUUAGAUGGCAACACUUGGAUUUCCUGGGUGCUUCUAUAUGAAUUUUGAAUAUUUCUACAUUUGUGUAUUUUUAUGACUUCAAUUAUGAAUUUCUAAAUUCUA